AUGAGCGAUCCAGAGUCAAUCCCGCAGGUCCAUCGUCAACCAGUUGCAGUGGAUUUUGUUGAUAAGAGUCUUUCCCGUUUCCAUCACGCCUUCGCUCAGCAUUGCUAUAAUUAUAACCCUAAACUAGACCGCUACGUCGGUAGCAGCUACCUAUCUGCAGUCAAAAUGCCCACCGAGGGGAGCAAGGCGCACUUGAAAGCCGGGGGGAUCCCGAGCCCACCAGAGAUAAUUUUAUCAAUGCGCUUUUGGGAAAAAGUACUUCCAGCUGCAAUGGACAAGCUGAGAACCUAUAAAGAACCUAAAGGUCGACAAAGUACUACAUAUAACAUCCGAGACUUGGACAGCUGGGAUGAGAUCUACUCUCAACUUGAGACCUGCCGUGUAAGAUACUUAGAUGACCAAGGAUGGUCCAAGAAGGUGAAACGAGGAUGGCGCAAGUUUUCCGAGAACAUUGGCCCAGUUCAAGCAUCUUGGAAUCUAGUUCCGGACAUCGACUACUUGACGCCAAUUCGGGGGGUGGUGGAUUGUGUCUUUGAUGCCAUCAAAAGGGCGUCUGAAACUCGUCAGCAAGUUCUUCAAGGACUUGAUAAGCUAGACAGCAUGUUUCGAGAUAUUGAAUUGUUUUUGAUAGUGUUCCCAACAGAUAAUUCAAUUCUGGAAGCUGGAACGGAGCUAGUUGUUUCUGUUCUAGUAGCUGUUGAGAAAUUGAUUGACUUUUACAUAAAGUCUAAAGGAAGAAAAGCGGUUUCGUCUGUUUUUAAGAGCGAAGACUACGAAAAGGACGUAAUUAGCGGUCUCGAUGAUAUCACAAUGAAAAGUGAGGCACUUCGGCAUGAGGCCACGAAAGCCGACAUGUCGCAAUCGGCAGAGAACUGGCGCCUGGCUGAGCAAAGACACGAGGAACUACGCAGAACACUGAAGGAUGGUCACAUCGAAAUCCUGCAACGCCAGGCAAGCCUGAAAGCGCACGCCGAGGAGACGGCGGACAGAGUUAAUAGCGUCUACAACCUGCUCGUAGAGUACGAAAGGAAUCAGCAAGAACGAAAUGCCGCACUGCAGAAAAGAAAUGAGGAGCUCGAGAAAAGCUUCUCAGAUUUAAAGCUGAUCAACUAUAACCUACAAAGAGCCAUUACACCAACCGCGUAUUCGAACUCACAUAAUGAUUGGCGAGUACAGCAAGACGAUCUAUGGGACAUACUCAGUGUCUUCAGCUUCGAAGAGGAGGAUAUGCAGCGCACAACAGAGAAACAAGAACGGCUUCCAUUGGGUGAGCGAGCAGCAACCGAAGGUCUGCUCAACAGUCCCAGAUUCCGCGAAUGGGUGGUGUCGCCGAUAUCGAGGGAGCUCUUGGUGCAAGGGAAUCUCACUGGAGACCGCCAAAUAUCCGCACUGUCUGUGUUUUGCUCAACAUUCACGACAGCGAUCAGAAGCAGGCCCAAAUACAUCUCAUUAAUACAUUUCUGUGGUCUUCAUGCUGAUCUCGGUUCCGACGCAGACGCCGGGGCCCCGGGGAUGAUUAUGAGCUUCAUCGCCCAGCUGCUAUGGCAAUGGGAUUUCGACAUCGCGCUUCUUCAGCAAUACGUAGACCUCUCAUGGGUUGAAUACGGCGAGGAUCCAAGCUGGGACGACCUCUACAAUCUGUUAAAGUCUCUGAUCCGACAACUCCCACCGACUCAAACUGUGUUCUUUAUCAUCGAUGGGGCUUAUCAUUAUGAAAAGAGUUCCCACGCUGAUGCUUUCAUCGAGUCGAUGGCAGCUAUAUUAGACACCACAUUAGAUGACGCAGUGGUAACCACAGUUAAGAUCCUUGUCACAAGCCCUUGCCGCACGACGGAGAUUCGACAAGGGUUUCAUGAUAAUGCUGUGUUGUUGCUGAUGGAGGAAUCCGGUGCGAGUUUGGAUGCCAGUCCUCGACGUUUUCAACACCAGGUUUCGAGAACGUUCGAUACAAGUUAG